UCCAACGGCAGCUGCGGGGCUGCGGGCGGGGCCGCGCCGGGGCCAUGGCCGAGGGCAGGAGCGGCAGCGCAGGGCUCUUCGCCAGGCAGGUCCAGAAGCACUUCAGCCGUGCCCAGGAGAAGGUUUUGCAAAAAUUGGGCAAAACGGUGGAAACCAAAGACGAGCAGUUCGAGCAGAGCGCCUACAACUUCCAGCUGCAGCAGAGCGAGGGUCACAGACUCUACAAGGAGCUCAAGGGGUUCGUGGGAGCCGUGAGAGUGAUGCACGAGAGCUCCCGCAGAGUGGCCGAGACGCUGCAGGACAUUUACAGCCCUGAGUGGGACGGGCACGAGGAACUCCGGGCCAUCGCGGAGAGCAAUGACCUCCUGUGGGAGGACUACGAGGCGAAGUUGGUUGACCAAGCCCUGCGGCUCAUGGAGAAUUACCUGGCUCAGUUCGGGGACUUUAAGGAGCGGAUCGCCAAGCGGGGCCGGAAGCUCGUGGACUACGACAGUGCCCGGCACCACCUGGAGGCUCUGCAGAGCGCCAAGAAAAAGGACGAGGCCAAAAUCGCCAAGGCCGAGGAGGAGUUCAAUAAAGCCCAGGCGGUGUUUGAGGAGCUGAACAGGGACCUGCGGGAGGAGCUGCCCGUCCUGUACGGCAGCCGCCUCGCCUGUUACGUCACCGUUUUCCAGAACAUCUCCAACCUCCGUGACGUCUUCUACAAGGAGAUGAGCAAGCUCAGCCGGGACCUGUACGAGGUGAUGAGCAAACUGGAGAAGCAGCACUCGAGCAAGGUGUUCAUCAUCAAAGGUGUCCCCAGCAACCGCCGCUCUCUGGUCAUCUCGGCUCCCGUGAGCCCCCCGGCCAUGUUCCCCUGCCCGGACAAGGCGCCCGUGCUGGACGCGGAGGUGACACCGGGGUCUUCCGGGGGGGGCGGCGCUGCCACCGACAGCGCCACCAACGCGGAGCUGGGGGCUGUUUCCCCCGGGCCCCCCCCGGCUUCGCCCGCCAGCGGGGGCUCCCUGGACACGGCCUCGGUGUCCAGCGAGGAGAGCGCGGAGCCGGGCCCCGGGCGCGACAGCGAGCCCCCGGAGCAGGCGACAUCGGUGACAGGGUCGGUGUCCAGCGAGGAGAGCGCGGAGCCGGGCCCCGGGCGCGACAGCGAGCCCCCGGAGCAGGCGACAUCGGUGACAGGGUCGGUGUCCAGCGAGGAGCCCCCGGAGCCCAUCUCCAAGCCCGACUCUCUGUCCCCUGGUCAGGAGCCAUCGGCGACAGCCGCGGAGCCGGGGGGUGACAGCGGGGCGCGGGGGGGGGCCGAGGGCAUCGCCACUUCCCUGGCGUCACUGAUUUUAUCCGAGGCCAUCGCCCAGGCCGCUGGCACCUUGUCACCAGCGCCGGGGAAAGCCGCGGACACGGCAGGGGACAGCCCGGCCACCAGCGCGGAGGGUCGGGCACGGCCCGCGGUGUCGCCGUCCCCCACGGCAGCUGUCCCCUGCGGUGCCCUCGGUCCCGCGGCGGCGGCACCGGCGUGUCCCCGGGAGCCGUGCCAGCUCGGCGGUGAGCGGGGACAGCGCGGCGACACCGGGGACAGCGCGGAGUCGGCGGAUGCCGAGGCAGAGGGCUGUUCCGGGACACCGGAGCAGGACACGAGCAGGGACCCCUCAGGUGCUGCAGACCGCCCCCAGGAUCCCCCCGAGUUCCUCAGCGCCCUGUGAUCCCACGGGAAAUGUGGCAUCUUCCCCAAAUUCAUUCCCCAGAAAGUAUUUCCCAGCCCCCAUCCCGUCCCAAAUAAAGAUGGAAAAGGUGGAAAAAUCUCAAA